AUGACUGCCACUGCUGCUAAGCUCCUGCUACUCCUAGUUAACGGAGUCCUCGAGAUACAGCUAAUCGCGGCAGCUGCAGAACAGGAAUCAAGAUCUCUAACACUCCCUUGCACAUGCAUCCUCUAUUUCCUCCAGAUCCCGCUGUCCACACCUAAAUAUGUCAUCCGCAUCCACAUCCACCUCCACGCAACGGUCCCGACGCCAGGAAAUUACCAGAGGAACUACUUUCUCUCGCGGACUGAAACGACGCCGAAUCAGAGUCCAUCCGAAAGCCGAGACAGACUCCGACUGCGAUUGACUCUGCUCGCUUUCCCUUCGCAGAAGGAAGGAUUUCUGAAGGACCGAACUCGCAACCAUCUGUCGUGCGAAAUGGAAGGCAUAUAUAUAUAUAUCUGCGUGAUCGGUAUAAUCGCCAUGGUGUUCCUGGCGCUCAGAAGUGCCUCCGAGAGCCUCCGGAAGGAAUUCAAGCUGUACAAGAAAUGAUUGCCCAGCGAGACAUGGUUCUUCGCCAUCUCCAGUUCUUGGUUUUGAUUUUGCAUCGGGAAUCUGUUUUCAUGAGGAUCACUAAAAUUGCUUGAAAUUAGAGGAUUCUAUUUAUUCCACUGUAAUAUGUUGACUUCACUGAUUUAUUUAUUCGGGUAGAGGUUUAUAAUACUGACUUUUUGUUAAAAUGGACUUAAAAUUUAG